AUGAAGGAAAGCUCGGUGUUUACACUCAUUUUCUGUGUGUUUGGUCUCUACGGCCUGUUUCUCUCGUGGUCUGUUCUUCAGGAGCGGAUCAACACAAAGCCAUAUGAGUACAUCGACGAGAAACCGGUAUUUUUCAAGGCCCCACUUCUUGUGAAUACCAUCCAGGCUCUCUUUGCAUGUUUUGUGGGACUUCUAUAUUCCUGGAUCGCCCAUAAGCAGAAUCCAUUUGCUAUUUUUCAUUCUACGGCCAGCAAAGACACCACAGGCGGAUCAACCUAUGUCAAGUUCUUCUUAGCCAUUGCAGUGACAUCGACCUUGUCGUCCCCCUUGGGAUACAAAGCUUUAAAGCACGUGGAUUAUUUAGCUUUCUUGCUCGCCAAAUCUUGCAAGUUGCUUCCCGUGAUGUUGGUUCACUUUGUGCUCUACAGAACGAGGUUUCCACCUCACAAGUACAUGGUCGCUGGAAUGGUCACACUUGGUGUGAUCUUGUUCACCACCAAUCACAGCUCAGGAAAGUCAAAGGCAUCUAUCAACGACGGAAACACGCUCUUAGGCAUGGCCCAAUUGGGUGGGUCUAUGCUUUUGGAUGGUUUGAUGAAUUCUACGCAAGACCAGCUCUUCAGACUCCCAAACCGCCAGCACAAGCUCACAGGUGCCUCGCUCAUGUGUAUUCUCAAUCUCCUCGUUUUCUUCUUCUCCUUGGGGUUCAUACUUGUCUUCCAAUUUGAGCAGGAAGCACUCUACACAUGGCGUUUCGUGCACAAGUACCCGCAGCUGCUUGUGGACAUUUUGGCGUUUUCGCUUUUUGGAGCAGCGGGCCAAGUGUUUGUUUUCCUCAUACUUGAGAAGUUUGACUCUCUCAUUUUGGUUACAGCUACGGUGACGAGGAAGAUGAUCAGUAUGAUCCUCAGCGUGGUGUUGUUCGGCCACACGCUCACAUAUGGCCAGUGGCUUGGUGUGGUUUCCGUUUUCGGAGGCAUCGGAUACGAGUCUUACUUGAAGCUCUCGUCCAAAAAGAAAAAGCAGGAGUAG